UAUAUAUAUAUAUAUAUAUAUAUAUGGGAUCGCAUGCGCGCGCUGUUGCUUUGUCUCUGCGUGUAGUGGUUAAGAGAGCCAGUUUAAGGGCGGAGAAGAAGAAAGGAAAGAUAAUCAAAAACUGCAGCGCCGUGGUUUUAAAGCGCACCCGUGGUAGAGAAACGGAAUGCGAUAUAAGCGUGCGUAGCCAUGAUACGCACACGACAAACUGCCUUAAAAUAUUUAGACUUGAGGGAAAGCUUCGGUAACAAACGAUAGCACAGCAAUCAGCACUCGAAUAUAAUUAUAGCCCUAAUACUAAUUGUAAAUAUGCAUCUCAUCUAUGGGAUCUAAUGCGCGCGCUGUUGCUUUGUUCUUUGUGUAGUAGUUAAGAGAGCCAGUUUAAGGGCGGAGAAGAAGGAAGAAAAGGAAAGUCUCUGAAGCAAAAUUACAGCGCCGUGGUUUUAAAGCGCACCCGUGGUAGAGAAAUGGAAGGCGAUAUAAGCGUGCGUGGCCAUGAUACGCACACGACAAACUGCCUUAAAAUAUUUAGACUUGAGGGAAAGCUUCGUAAACAAACUAUAACACGGCAAUCAGCACUCGAAUACGACGAGAGAAAUUACUGAGACGUGGAAAAUUCCCUUGAAAGAAAUCUGGUUUGCGAGACAAAUGCUUGUAUGUAUUGAACCUCUUAAAAGAUGAGGGGGGAAAUAUGCGCUCACCGAGAGGGCAUCUUCAGCACGGGACCACCCCAAGGCACCUUACAGAGAUGUCUCACAGAGAUGUCUCACAGAGGCACCUUACAGAGAUGUCUCUCGUGCUCACACACGAAUAUCCCUUCCUAAAUCCAUGCUGGUUCGGGGAAAAGAAGUUAUUGCGUUCAAGGUAAUGCGCGAUACCCGACGCGACGAUGUGUUCACGGAGUUUGCAUGCGAUACAGGUUAGAUAUGUAGGGCGAUAGUUACUGACAUGAUUUCUAUCACCAGCUUUAAAAAUGGGAAUAACUUUAGCGAUUUUCCAGUCAUCAGGUAUUUCCCCGGUAGACAAUGAUUGCUCGAAUAUGUUACAGAGGAUAACAUUGGAAUGAUUUACGGUGUUCUCAAGGAUUUUAGCAUUUAUGCCGUCAAUGCCACAGCAAGUUGAUAACUUGCGGUAAUUAAUUAAAGAUGCAAUUCCAGUAGCAGUCACGUUUAUAGGUUCUAUGUACUGAUAGUGGACAUCGGUUAGCUGUGGGAUACUGGAAUGGUUUUCUUGUGUAAAGACACAUCUAAGGAAAGUGUUAAAAACAAACGGGCACUCUUGUUUACUUAUGGGCGCCCCGACGUAUUCUUGUAGUGAGAUAUGAGCAUCCUUCUUUUUCGGUGACAUGAUCUUCCAGAAUUUUGACGGGUUAUUCUUGAUAAGAGAUAAGGAAUGCAAACCCACAAGAUUUCCAGUGGGGAGAAAACAUUAACAUGAAAAUGUUCGAUCUGUUUUUUUUUAAUGGCGACUAGGACGCCACCACCCCAAGCUUCUAUUGGUCCGAUCAUUCCGGUGAAUGAUAUAAUCCUUAGUCUCAAAUGAAACUUCGUGAUCAGCAACGUCUGAGUUAAGCCAAGUUUCUGUUAAUAAUAAUAUGUCAGUACCAUUGCUUUCUAAGUGAGAGCACAGUUCAGUGCGCUUGGAGAGAAUGCUACAAAUAUUAGUGAAUGAUACUUUAAGCUCCGAUGAUAGCCUGCAAGCAUUUGAAGCUCGCGUACUAAUUUCCCGUGGACGUGUCGCCGGGGCGCGGUUGCACUAUCUGGAAGACUGUAUCACAGUGUUUAAAGCAGAAUCAUACAUGUGUACCUGUUUAUCAAUCCUCAACUUAUCAACGUUAAGCUUGAAUGGCCUCUUUUUAGAUUUAGCAUAGUCAAGAAGAUUUUUUCUGGCAAUGCGUAUUUGAAGGGAAAAAGCCUCACGUACGGCAAAACCAGUGUCAAAUCUUUCUUUUUUAGAGUAGAAGAAACAUUACAAAUAGACAAUGUCACUGGAUAGGGCAAAUAUAUUUUACCUUUGCUUCUGCUGAUUACAUGUGCACGCGAAGCAAAAAGUUAUUCUGCCUCGUUGCUUUCUUUUAAACUGCAUGAAGGAAUUAUCACUGUGACACUGUGGUAUUCGUACUAAUAUUGUAUUACCAAUUUCGCCUGUUAUGCUUCUUUAUAGCAGUGUUAAAUGAGCAAACGAAUCAAUUAAAUACAACUGUUAUAAUUUUCUUUAAACAAAAGUACACGGUUAGCCAACUUUCCUUAAAUCAAAUUUCUGAUAACGUAAGUGAAAGCAGAGCCUACCAACUUUUCUAAAGCUUUCGUUUAACAAACUUUCUUCUAACAAAAGAAAAAACAGCGCCUACCAACUUUUUAAAACUUUUGUAACAAACUUUCUUCAAAUGAAAGUACGAGCAGAGCCUACCAACUUUCUUUAAAUUUUCUUUUAACUAAUUUUCUUCAAACGAAAGUAAAAACGGAGCCUACCAACUUUCUUGUAACAUGCGUUAAUAGGAAGUAAAAGUACAUAGGAUGUUAAUAAAGUUGACAGAAAGUUGCAAGAAAUUCUAAAGAAAGUAAGGAUGCAUUUUUGUGAGGGAUAGUCUACAUUAGUUACACAAUGAGUACGGUGGCUUGACAACGGCCGUAUAAUGACGAUUGAUUUACGACAGCAUGAUUACGAUGAAAUCUCGAAGGAAGGACGUCGAUGGAUCGACGGAGGCGUUAUGACGACGACGGCAAGAAGACAUUGGGUUGGCGUUUCUGAAGUGGUGAUGAUAGUAAAGCGACAGCGCGACAACCAAGUCACGAUGACAAUGGUUUGGAGAGGACUCUGUGACAACGAUGACCGGACGACGAUGGCACGACUAGAGUGAAAUUAUAAAGACGACAAAGGAAGAAUCGGCCACGCGUCACGACGAGGGUGUGACAAAGAUUACAUUACGAUGCCGCGAGGACGACGAUGGCAUGACAACAGUAUGUAGGCAGUGGGAUGAAGAAUGCAUGUCGACGAUGACGUGACAAGAGUCGGAUGGGGAAGCUGGAGUGACGACAACGGAACGACCAUGAACGCAUCAAAAUGAAAGUGCGGAUGCCUGAGGAGGACGGCACGGCUUUGAUGCCGAAGUUCGGGUGACGAAGAUGGAAAGACGGCAUCAUGACGAAUGCAUGGCCACGAAGGCGCAUGAUUAAUGUGGGCCGAGCAUGGCGGACUGGCAUGAACAUGGCUCCCUUCAGUGAAGGGGACGGGUUGGGGGGGCUUAUAUUAGGAUGACGACCGUAUAGAGAGCGCACACAAACACGCUCACAUACAUACAUACACACAUACAUACAUACAUACAUACAUACAUACAUGCAUACAUACAUACAUACAUACAUACAUACAUACAUACAUACAUACAUACAUACAUACAUACAUACGUACAUUAAUCGCUCUGACAUCAUUCGAAAAAUUGGAGAAUUGAAUUGCCCCACAAAAGGCACUACUGGUAAUAAAAUAACUUCCAGCGCUUGUUGAAUGGGUGCCGCAGUGCUAUUAGCCCCGAGAACGAACAUUGGCACCGCUGCAAUCGCAGCGAUGUGACGUCACGGCAAGGACUUGCCUGCUACGCCGCCGACGAUCUCCUAGAUCUGCACCACCCGCGCCCGCUUUUGUGCGAUACGAUGGUGACUUACUGCUCCGUUCCGCAACGUAAAUCUCGCAAGGACGAUGGUGUAAGUUUUCACUUCUAUCCGAAGUCGACGAAGCUUAAGAAAGUUUGGUUAAUAAAGUUUAGAAUGGGCAAGCUGCCGUCAAAACACGCCGUCGUCUGCAGCAAGCACUUCAGAGAAGAGGAUUUUGUAUAUCCCGCAUACAAGACGCUAGGUAAGGACAUUUCGGGUGUACUUUUCGCUUCUUUGCAUGUAGUCAACGUGCCUGUCACUUUAUUACCAGGUUACAAGUACCGAAAGUUGUCGCCGGAGGCAGUUCCGUCCGUCAACAUGCCUGUACGUCCACACGAUGCGAGGCGGCCGCUUGUGCGAGCGGCGAUAAGACGGCGGGAGAGAGGCAUUCCCAUACGCUCUUACAAGCUGCCACAGACAUCUUCCAUUUGCACUGACGCUGGAGAAAAAUACCAAGAAGGCGCAGAGGAAAGCUCGAGCAGCGCGAUGUUGGAACUUGAUGCACCACUGGCUGAAGAGAGAGAACCAGUAGAGUGCGAUGAUUUCCAUCCUCCAGAAGCUCUGGCUGCGAGUCCAGGUGAUUGCACUCCAAUAUCAGAAGAGAUAAGUGCCGAGGCUGAGGAGCUGUCUAAAGAAAUUGGAAUUCAGGCCGUAUCUAGAAACAACCUAUUUGCAAGAGAACAGCUUAUCGCAAUUGCAAAAGUGCCCGAUGAGCAUGGUCUUGUUGUCCUCACAGGCAUAGGCUCUUUCGAGUUGUUCUACAGCAUAACAGAACUUUACACAGAAAUGCGGUUGCGUCAAGGAACGCGAAGCUUAUCCUUAAGUGAUGAUGAUGCUGUGCUCCUCACAUACAUGAAGCUGUAUCAUGACUUGACAUUUUCUCUGUUGGCGGUGUUGUUUAAUGUCCACCGUACAACUGUGUCGAACAUUUUCAAGGAUUCAGUUGUAAUUCUAGCAAGCAUUCUUGAGCAUGCAAUUUUCUGGCCAACGAAGACCGCAGUUGUGAACUGUCUCACAAUGUAUUUCAAAGAAUACAAAGACACGAGGAUGGUGUUUGACUGCACUGAAAUAGAAAUUGAGCGCCCAAAAGAUCUAGUAUCAAGGCUCCUCACAUACAGCCACUAUAAGCGCACGUACACUGCAAAGGUCCUGGUGAGUGAGACACCAGGAGGCUUAAUUAGCUAUGUAAGUCCGGCAUAUGGAGGGAAAGCAUCUGACACAUACAUCAAAAAGGAGUGCAGAGUUCUUGACAAGCGUAUCCCCCAUGUUGACAGUGUGAUGGUAGAUAAAGGCUUCCUAAUCGGUGAACUUUGCAAAGAAAAAAAUAUCAAAAUGAUCAGACCUCCAUUCCUCAUGAAAAAAACAGCUCACUGCAGAGGAAGCUAGGAGAAACUAAUCCAAAGCAAGCGCCCGAGUACAUGUGGAGAGGGCCAUUCAAAGGAUGAAACUGUACCGCAUUUAAAAAAAUCGGUUUGAUCUCGACUUUGUGCCAUACAUUGACAGCAUAUUCCAAAUAAUUGCUGGAACUGUGAAUCUCUCAAGGCCAUUGUUCAGUAACAACAAGUUCCUUUUCAACUGAUAAUUUCGGUGCGCGUAUUUAUCAGGUUAACUCUCUCCGAAGUAAUUCUGCAGUGAUUACUGGCUCUUACCAAUUAGCUUUGUGAACUGCCAGGCAAAGUGUGAUAUUUAACAAAUGUGAUGA